CCGUCAGGUGACAGCCUGCGAUACGAUUUUGAAACUACAAAUACCUACUGCAAUACUAGCAUUGUAGCCCGUUCAAAGUGCACAGUUCCAUUUGUUUUGGUGAAUGUUGCAACUACUACGCUGGGCAACAUAUAGCUAUUAGUCGUAGAGCCAAGGUCCAAGUUUAAUUUAUGAUAAGUAGAUGUCUGUGACUGCAAAUACUGCAAGCUAUUUAAAACUCCUCCUCUAAAUUUAAUUUCCACCCAUUUGACAAGCGCCUUCUACUGAUUUGCCGAAGAAACCUACGUUAGCUUUAGCUAGCUAACGAAAUCGACAAGUUUACCCAUGUCCUCUGAGGAAGGAUUGAGUUCAUCAAUCGCGGAUUGGCUUUUUAUUAAUUCUUGGUGGCUUCUUCUGCCUUUCAUCAUGCUAUUAGUUGUUGCUGCAUUCAUUGUUGCCUUUGUGUUACUGUUGUAUAUGAUAUCCCCUCUCAUUAGCCCCAAACCUUUAAAAUUAAAUGGGGCCCACGUUGUGGUGAAAGGGGGUUCCAGCGGCAUUGGUAAAAGCAUUGCCAUGGAGUGUUACAGGCAAGGUGCUUUCAUAACUUUAGUGGCACGAGAUGAGAGUAAACUUCUCCAAGCUAAAAAAGAAGUGGAGAAGUGUGCGAUAAAUGAUAAGCAAGUAGUGCUCUGCAUAUCUGUUGAUGUCUCCAAGGACUAUGGCCCGGUGGAGAGUGUCAUAAAGCAGGCUCAGGAGAAGCUGGGCCCUGUGGAUAUGCUGGUCAACUGUGCCGGGACAUCCAUCGCUGGAAAGUUUGAGGAAGUGGAGGUGGAUCGCUUCAGAAGACUGAUGGAGGUGAACUACCUGGGGAGUGUGUACCCGACACGGGCCGUCAUCACCACCAUGAAAGAGCGGAGGAUGGGCCGGGUCAUGUUCGUGUCCUCUCAGGCGGGCCAGAUCGGCCUGUUUGGCUACACGGCCUACUCCCCAUCUAAGUUUGCCCUCCGAGGGCUGGCCGAGGCCCUGCAGAUGGAGAUGAAGCCUUAUAAUAUCUAUGUGACGUUGGCCUACCCUCCUGACACCGACACUCCAGGCCUAGCAGAGGAGAACAAGAGCAAGCCCUUAGAGACCAAGCUGAUCUCUGAGACGUCCGGCGUGUGUCAGCCGGAGCUGGUGGCCAAGGUGUUUGUGAAGGACGCUGUGCAGGGGAACUUUAACAGCUCCGUGGGUCCCGACGGCUACAUGCUCUCUGCACUCACCUGCGGCAUGUCGCCCGUCACCUCCAUCACUGAGGGCCUCCAGCAGAUUGUGACUAUGGGACUGUUCCGGACCAUAGCUCUCUUCUACUUGGGGAGUUUUGACAGCAUUGUGCGUCGCUGCAUGAUCCAGAGGGAGCAGUCAAAAGCAGCUGACAAGAGGGAGUAGUAGUGCUAUCCUCACUCCUGAUACCCCCCACCUCCACCUCUUCCCUCUUUAGCAACGCACAGGCCUGGGUGGUGGAUGAAAGGGGGGGGGGGGUGAUAUUUCAAAAUUAGACAAUUCUGAUUGCUGAAUGUUCUUGAUUGGCGUAACACACACCAUAAGACAGCCAUUUUGUUCAAUUCACCUUCUUUGACAAGCAUUCCAGUGAUUUUUGUUUACUCGUUGAACUGUUGUAAUUGAGACUUCUUCUUUUCUCAAGGCUGCCUUUCUCAAGGUCGCUGAGAGCAUACCUACAGAAGUCACGGUCUGGCCUCAUACUAGGCCUUGUCAACACCUGAUACUUUAGGUCUGAGCUUCUGCCUGGCUUUUUAUCUUUCUCUACAGACAGAAGAGCUAAGGAUAGCUCCUCUGACAGCUUGUGGCCUGCAGUCCCUUUCUAAGUACUUAGAGACAGACAGAAAGAUAACAUGCAUAUCCAAUCGUUGGCAUUUGUCAUACCGAUAGUUUCACCUCAUCCAACUAUAUAGUCUUCACCAAAUAUAUCCUUUUCUAUAUGGAAAUGUUUCACGCAGGUCUUUGCAGGCAAAGACCUCUUUGUCUUAGUUUAAGUUAGGCAGUAUUUUUGGCUAGUGCCAUUGGCUUUGUGAAGCGCAAGGGUGAUGUAACAGUGCUCUUCUGUGAUGAGGGGCCAGGAUCUCUUUUACGUAAGGUAAACGCAACCAUUAAAUUUUUUGUAAAGGUGUAUUUUGCUAUAUACCAUGUUUGAGGGAAUGUGUGCACGCAUCGGUGAGUGCAUCAGGUAAUGAGAAGCUUUGGGGAUACGUGUUGAUGCUCUGUCAUUGUGUUUCUCGUGUUUGUGCUGUAAGUGACCAAGUCAACCCCAGGGAAAGAAGAGAAAGCCAUUACACACUGUCAGGAUGAAAAAACUAUCAUCGUUGAGUUUCAUAAGGAGUUGUUUCCUCUGCCCAUCAGCCCAGAUCAUUCUUGUAGUUCAUACAAGCAGAACCAUUACAGAAUGUAGUAGAUCAAAUUGUGUAGAUUCCCUCUGCAAAGCUUUGCCCGAGCCACCCAUCCACACCAUGUUCUUCAGAGAACUCACUUGUAUGUGUGUUUAUGUAUGUUUGAGUACACAGUGGGAUCCUUGACAUCGAUGGGUCGUAUUCACAGGUUUGAGCAUUACCCUAGUAAACCCAGUGAGGGCGCAAUAGAUCAGUUGUAUAAAAAGGGCAAAAGAUCAAGGGGAAACUGUUUCAAACGUCUUUUGAUUCAUAAGAUGAUGGUUAUCUGAUUCCAUACACUGUUUCUAAGGAUGUUGACUUUACUAACUGACUGUGUCCGUGACAAAGUCCAAAUCAAUGUCCCAACAGCCUUGCAGCAUCCCAUUCCUUAUCUUCUCAACGUUUUGCCUGUUGAAAGACAAAGAAAGAAAAAAAAGCGUACUCGUUCUAGUCUUCCUUUUAUCCAUCACUAGUGGGGAGAAUGUACUUUAAUACAAACCAGAAAAGUAGGAAUAUUUUUUUUUGAAACCACCAAUAUCUGAAUGCCAAAAUGUAUUGACAGUUUGGGUAAAUGCAAUGCAACCGUUUUGAGAUUUGUUUUGUUGAUGUCGCUGCUCUGUUUAUCCUAGUUUUCAGCCAGCACUACACUUUUGGGGACCCAUUGUAAGCCUUAAGAGAUGACUACUGAUGAUAAGCUAAAAUGCAUAAAAUAAUGGAUCUGUCCACAGAA